AUGCGGAAAGAUGACGCAGAUAGCGAAGCUCUUGAGCCUCUCGCCGGAGCUGCGAGCCAUCAUGAGGAGGCCGAUGACGAAGCGAUCGAGCAGUUCCCUGAUCUUCCCACAGACCUCGCUUCGGGGGAGGUAGUGGCGUUUGCAAAGACCUUCGGCCUCAGUCACAAGCUCGACGUUCUGCAGAAAGCGGCCUUGCUGAUACAGACUGACGUUGCGAUUCAUCAGAUCCCGGGCAUCACGGCGCCUGAGCUUAAGGCCCUCCGGGACGAAACGACCCGGAAAUGGAGGCAGCCCUUCCUGAUGUAUCUCACCGUCGUGGUCACGGCGUUGGGAGCAAUGGGCCAAGGAUGGGCGCAGACGAGCAUGAACGGCGCAAAUCUGUACUUUCCCAAUGCAUUUGGCAUCGAUGCCGAUACGCCGCGCAACAACAUGAUCCUUGGCUUGCUCAACUCUGGAAUCUAUCUCAGCAACGGUCUGCUUGGUGCUUGGCUUGUGGCACCACUCAAUCAACGCCUCGGUCGCCGCGGAGCCGUAUUCGGUGCCACUUUGGUCUCUUUCAUUACCAACAUUGGAGGCGCGCUGACACAGAACUGGCAACAACUACUCUUCUUCCGGUUACUCUUGGGCUGUGCACUGGGAGUCAUUAGCAGCACACUCAACGUCUUUGCUGCAGAAUGUAUCCCUGCUGCCAUUCGCGGUGGGCUAGCAGUGUCCUGGCAGAUGUUUUGCGCCUUUGGAAUCUUUACUGGCUUUGUUGCCAACGUUGCAGUAUACGAUUUCGGCCCAAACACCUGGCGGCUCCAAUUAGCCGGACCUGUGCUCUCCACCAUCCCGCUUCUGGCUCUUAUCUACGUAUGUCCCGAAUCUCCGGCCUGGAGGAUCAAACAUGGUGGCCGCUACGACCUGGCGUACCAGUCACUUGUUAAGCUGCGAAACACAGAGCUCCAGGCCGCCAAAGAGCUCUAUCUCUCGCAUCUUCAGCGCUCUAACAAGGAAGAGGCCCACACUUCGUAUUUGAAGCAAAUAGCCGAGCUGUUCACCAUCCCACGCAUCCGCCGUGCAACACUCGGAGCAUACACGGUCAUGGUCUGUCAGCAGCUUUGCGGGAUCAACAUCAUUAGCUUUUACUCGUCCACAAUCUUCGCCGAUGCCGACUUCUCAACCUUCGGCGCCCUGAUGGCGUCAACGGUUUUUGGGUUUGUCAAUUUUGUUGGUGCAUUUCCUGCUGUGUGGACGAUGGACACACUGGGUCGCCGGUCGUUGCUUCUCCUUACCCUUCCUUUCAUGGCUGUCACGAUGCUUGCGGCCGGACUGGCCUACAGUAUCCCACAGGAAAGCCCUGCGCACUUUGGACUGCUGGCUACGAUGAUCUACCUCUUCUGCGCCGAGUACUCGCCUGGUAUGGGUCCAGUCCCCGCUGCAUACGCCGCUGAGGUAUUCCCACUUUCGCACCGAGAAAUUGGCAUGAGUUCGGCCGUCGCUUUCACCAACAUUUGGGCGUCGGCGCUGUCAUUGACCUUCCCACAGCUCCUGUCGACCUUAGGCUCGCAGGGCGCGUUUACUCUGUAUGCUGGUCUCAACGUGGUAGCCCUGAUCUUGGUCUUCCUCUGCGUCCCGGAGACCCGGCUGAAAACCUUGGAAGAGCUGGACGACGUGUUCUCGAUCAGCACAAGAAAGUUCAUUCGAUAUCAGGUCACGGAAUAUUUGCCAUGGUGGACGAGGAGAUACCUGCUGCGUCAGAAAAAAGCCGAGCUGCAGCCGCUGGAAGGUGACGACGGAUACAGCGAACUGGAUCAGGAGGAUGAUCUAUGA